ACGACGUCAGAUGAACCUGCUCUCAUCACAGGAGACAUCAUCCAUCCAGCCUCCCUCCCUCUUUGAUUUAAUGCUUCUGUUCCAACGCCCCAUUUUUUUUAUUUUUUAUUUUUAUUUUUUGGCUUUUUAUAUUUAGCACUUUUCUCAUGCGGUUAGAUGAUCGCUUUGUUUAGUAUUUUUGUGCUGUUGUUGUUGUUGUAGUUGAACUCACUCUGCUCUCUCGCACGCUGCUGGCUCUCACUUUCAACUCGCCUUUGGUCGUGAUGGCACUUUGUGCGGCUACUGUACUCCAGGCGGGAGGAGAGCUGCUGGCGGAUGAAGGCGCGCACCUCGUUUGAAUUCCUCUCUUUGUCAAAAGGUGUUUUCGUCACGAGGUUUUGUCACAAUUGCGCUGAAAAUUAAACUCGCCUGCUGGAUCGUCGCCUCCCUGGGCUCAGACUCCCUCCACCUUCGUUUUGUCGCUUUCCUGCCGCUAGCCGCGGCAGUCGGCCAUCCUGCGCUGUAACAUGAUGCCGAGGCAGUAAAAUUAUUAGUAAUAUUAUUAUUUUUUUUAUAAAACAACAGUCAACACACAAAGCCUGGACAUGGAGUCCGUGAAGACAGGGGUCAAGGAAUUUGCGGGGAAGACCCUGGGUCAGAUGUACAGGGUGAUAGAAAGGAGGCAGAAAACCGGGGAGGUGAUCGAGCUGACAGAGGAUGGGCGGCCUCGGGAGGCCGCGGAGAAAAAACCCCCGCUGUGUGACUGCACGUGUUUCGGUUUGCCGCGCCGCUACAUCAUCGCCAUCAUGAGCGGCUUAGGCUUCUGCAUCUCCUUCGGCAUCCGAUGCAACCUGGGCGUGGCUAUCGUGAGCAUGGUCAACAACAGCACCAUCCACCAGAAUGGCAAGAUCAUCAUCAAGGAGAAAGCUAAGUUCAACUGGGACCCGGAGACAGUGGGAAUGAUCCAUGGAUCCUUUUUCUGGGGCUACAUUGUGACGCAAAUCCCGGGAGGAUACAUUUCCUCGAGGCUGGCAGCAAAUAGGGUAUUUGGUGCAGCUAUUGUCCUCACCUCCACUCUCAACAUGUUCAUCCCCUCUGCUGCUCGAGUCCACUAUGGGUGUGUUAUUUUUGUCAGAAUAUUACAAGGACUCGUGGAGGGAGUGACUUACCCAGCCUGUCACGGAAUCUGGAGCAAGUGGGCUCCACCACUAGAAAGGAGCCGCCUGGCUACCCUCUCAUUUUGUGGCUCUUAUGCUGGUGCUGUGAUAGCGAUGCCUCUGGCUGGGAUCCUGGUCCAGUAUACGGGAUGGUCCUCAGUGUUUUAUGUCUACGGAUGCUUCGGCAUUUUCUGGUACAUGUUCUGGAUCCUUGUGUCUUACGAGAGCCCUGCUGAUCACCCUUCCAUCACUGAUGAAGAGCGCGUCUACAUAGAGGAGAGCAUUGGAGAGAGUUCCAACCUGAUGGGUCCGUCCGAGAAAUUCAAGACCCCUUGGAGGAAGUUCUUCACCUCUAUGCCUGUCUAUGCAAUCAUUGUGGCAAACUUCUGCAGGAGCUGGACCUUCUACUUGCUGCUCAUCAGUCAGCCUGCAUACUUUGAGGAAGUGUUCGGCUUUGAGAUAAGCAAGGUGGGCAUACUCUCUGCCCUCCCUCACUUGGUGAUGACCAUCAUCGUGCCCAUCGGCGGUCAGCUGGCCGACUACCUGCGCAGCAGGAACAUCUUGACAACAACCACUGUCAGGAAAAUAAUGAACUGUGGAGGAUUUGGCAUGGAGGCCACAUUACUGCUGGUGGUGGGGUAUUCCCACAGCAAAGGGGUGGCAAUUUCCUUCCUUGUGCUGGCAGUGGGCUUCAGUGGAUUUGCCAUAUCAGGCUUUAAUGUGAACCAUCUGGACAUCGCUCCUCGUUAUGCCAGUAUCCUAAUGGGCAUCUCUAAUGGUGUUGGUACCUUGUCUGGGAUGGUGUGCCCUCUAAUUGUUGGUGCUAUGACAAAGAACAAGACUCGAGAAGAGUGGCAGUACGUAUUCCUGAUAGCCUCCAUGGUGCACUACGGAGGAGUGGUCUUCUAUGGGAUCUUUGCCUCUGGAGAGAAACAGCCGUGGGCCGACCCGGAACUCACUAGUGAGGAAAAAUGUGGCUUCAUCGAUGAGGAUGAGCUGGCGGAGGAGACUGGUGACAUCACCCAGAGUUACGGAGCUUUUGGGGGUGCAGCCAAAACGUACGGUGCGACCACACAGGUGAAUGGAGGCUGGGCAACCGGCUGGGAGAAGACGGAGGAGUACGUUCAAGAGGAAGCACAGGAAGGAGGCUACGGAUACAGGCAGGAAGAAGGGUAUUCUUAGGCCAAACACAAAGUUUGUGACACAUGAGUUGACUUUGUUUCCCCGAGUUUCCUGAGUGUACAUCUGUUUUAGUCCUAAGAAUAUCAACAAAUGAGAAACAAGAAAAGCUACAA